CGCCCAAGAUCCGUCCUUUCCGUGUCCUUUUUUAUAGUGCCUAUAGGAAUCUUUUACGCUUUUUCUAAAACUCCCUCAAAAUGCGCGAGAUCGUCCAUAUUCAGACAGGCCAGUGCGGUAACCAAAUUGGAUCAAAGUUCUGGGAGAUCAUCAGCGACGAGCACAACAUCACUCCGCAGGGCACCUACGAGGGCAACCACGAGCUACAACUUGAACGCAUCAAUGUCUACUACAAUGAGGCGACAGGAGGGAAGUAUGUGCCACGAGCCAUCCUGGUGGACCUCGAGCCCGGCACGAUGGACUCCGUGCGGUCGGGUCCCUUCGGGCAGCUCUUCAAGCCGGACAACUUCGUCUUCGGCCAGAGCGGCGCCGGCAACAACUGGGCCAAAGGGCACUACACAGAGGGCGCCGAGCUGGUGGACGCGGUGAUCGACGUGGUGCGCAAGGAAGCUGAAGGCUGCGACCUCCUCCAGGGCUUCCAGCUGACACACUCCUUGGGCGGCGGGACGGGCUCGGGCAUGGGUACACUGCUCAUCUCCAAGAUCAGGGAGGAAUACCCAGACAGAAUCAUGAACACGUUCUCUGUCAUGCCAAGUCCAAAGGUCUCGGACACCGUGGUGGAGCCGUACAACGCCACGCUGUCCGUCCACCAGCUGGUCGAAAACACAGACGAGACUUACUGCAUCGACAACGAGGCCCUGUACGACAUCUGCUUCAGGACGCUUAAGCUCACCACACCCACGUACGGCGAUCUGAACCACCUGGUGUCCCUCACCAUGUCGGGCGUGACCACCUGCCUCCGCUUCCCAGGCCAGCUGAACGCCGACCUCAGGAAGCUGGCAGUGAACAUGGUGCCUUUCCCGCGUCUGCAUUUCUUCAUGCCGGGCUUCGUGCCUCUCACUGCGCGCGGGUCGCAGGGCUACCGCCAGAUGUCCGUCCCAGAGCUGACUUCACAGAUGUUCGACGCCAAGAACAUGAUGGCGGCGUGCGACCCAAGGCAUGGCCGUUACCUGACGGUGGCCACGGUGUUCCGAGGCCGCAUGUCCAUGAAGGAGGUGGACGAGCAGAUGCUGAGCGUCCAGAACAAGAACUCUUCGUACUUCGUCGAGUGGAUCCCCAACAACGUGAAGACGGCCGUGUGCGACAUCCCCCCGCGAGGCAUGAAGAUGGCGGCCACGUUCAUCGGCAAUUCGACCGCCAUCCAAGACCCGUUCAAGCGAAUCUCCGAGCAGUUCACGGCCAUGUUCCGGCGGAAGGCCUUCUUGCACUGGUACACGGGCGAAGGCAUGGACGAGAUGGAGUUCACGGAGGCCGAGUCCAACAUGAACGAUCUGGUGUCCGAGUACCAGCAGUACCAGGAGGCCACAGCCGACGAGGAAUUCGAGGAGGAGGACGAUGAAUAUGUCGAGGGCCAGUACCACGAGGACUACUGAGGCGCCUAGAGGACUGAGGUCUACCGUCGGGGCCUCGAGACUUCAUCAAAACGGGACAUCUUCCCCUUCCUUCCUCCCUUUUCCUAAGUUAACCUACUAAGCUAGCACUGAGGCACGUUUCGCGGACACACACCAGAAGAAUGGCUGUUGCGACCUUCAAGCACUUUGCUGCCGAGCCUUCCAAACGCCUUACUCCGAGUGACUCAUCUGCACGGAGAACAGCUGUUACACACACCACGAUCCCAUCCAACUGACAUGAAUGAAAAUGCUGUAAAAUCAAUUCUUAAUGGUACCCUUUGUGGUGGAAAAUUCUUAAAAUAACAUUCACGAGGAGGUAAUAAGUGGUCUCUGAAACUUCAGAAUAGCAAUAAACUAACAAACUGUCUAUUGCACAAUUUUCCUGUGAUACGCAGAUAGAAAUAUUUUGCAUACUCUUUCCAAGUCUUUGUUCUUUCCCUGCGAGAUGUGUCGGUACCUAAAAUAUCCGCCUGAAACCUCUUGUCGCUCCUUUCCCAUAGUUUUCUACAGGUAUAUGAUUUUUUACACUCCCUUUCAAAACGGCGUAACUUUAAGCUACAAAACUUUCAGUGUUAAGUAGA